AUGUGUGCGUGUUAUAGCACACACACACAGCCACAGACGGCAACACUAAUAAAACUUACCAAGACAGAAGUGCGGUGUACGGUACUAUUUGUUUGGAGGGAGGUUGUGGCACUCAUACAAGCGAGGGAGAGGCUGUGUUGGCGCGGCCAGCCAGUUUACCGUUGCAAGGCGCGUUGUGCGGCCGGACGUUCGACCGUCACCCGCCGCCGCCGGCACCCUGUAGCCCGGCCUCGCAACCUUCCACCUGGACCUGGACCCGGACCUGGACCUUACCAGGACUGUACCAUUGAAAAACUUGUGUUCUACGAGGGGUGUUAA